AUGGCAUCUUGGAGUACCGGAUUGCAAUCACCUCGGGCUAAGCCAGGGCUGGUCCCAGCUCCUACUCAUCCAUGGACUCGAUCUCAUAUUGAACCUCUGGCUCAGGGGAUACUGAUUUCACUAGGUUUCUGGUUUCUCUUCGUCAUGUUCGAAGAAGAAUAUCCUCAAACAAAUACUGAAAAAAUAGAUAAUCCAAUGGCUGCACCUUGUUAUGAGAGUAUAAAAGAAGUUCGAGUGAUGCUUGUUAAUCAUCAUAAAGAGUUUGUUAAUGAAAUGGCUGAUUUGUUGAAAUCAUACAACUAUAAAGAAGAAAAUUCUCAAACAAACACUAAACGAAUAGAUAAUCCAAUGGUUGCACCUUAUAAUGAGAUUAUAAAAGAAGUUCGUGUGAUAUUUGUUGAUCAUGACAAAGAGUUUGUUAAUGAGAUCAUUGAUUUGCUGAAAUCUUACAGCUAUAAAGAUCUCAUUUAUCUUACGGUUGACACGGCUUUAGAAGCAAUGUCAAUACUCUCCAAAGGAAAACAAAAAAUAGACUUGGUGAUAAUCAACGUCGAUUCACCUGAUCUGCUGUCGUUUCCGCUUUUAGAUCAAGUUGUAGGCUUGGAUAUCGUUUCACUAUUUGUAUGUGAUGAAUACAACGCAGUCACAGCAAGCAAGGCUUUGAACAAAGGAGCUUACCUUUACCUGGAGAAACCACUUCACAAGGAAACUGUUAAAUACUUGUGGCAAUUUGUAUUCAACAAAAAAAUGAAAAGAGGGAAAGUGAGACAGGGGUUAGAAGAAAAUAGAGAUAGGAUGAAUGUUGAUGAUCCUGAUGAUAUGCGUAUCAAUAAUAUUAUCGAAAAGAAGAACGUGCCUAUUAAUAUUGAGGAACAGUGCAAUAAUAUUCAUGAGGCUGAAAACAAUGUUGUAUCAAAUGAAAAAUAUAAGCUGAGAAGAAAGAGAGGUAGAAAAAGCAAAAAAGAGGUUAAUGAAGUAGAAAGUCAAAGCAAUGUAAAUAAGGUUGUUAGGCAAAAGGUUUGCACAAUAUGGACUGCGGAUCGUCAUGCCAAAUUCAUGAAAGAUGUGCAUCAACUUGGUGACGGAAGAUGUUACCCGAUUGAGAUUCUUGAGGUGAUGAAUGUGCCUGGUAUUACUAGAUUACAAGUUGCAAGCCAUCUUCAGAAAUGUCGUAGUAACAACUGGAGAGUUCCAAAAGAGCGAAGAUCUAUUCAUCACCCAUCAGGUCAAGGAUCUUCAAGAGGUUCUCAACAAAGAUGUAGCCGUAGAAAAUAUGGGACAAUUCCUCAUCUUCAAACAAAUGUUCCAAAUCUGCAACAACAGCAUAGUAACAAUGAAACUCAAAGAGAACCAGACAUUUUUGCUAGAGGAGAGAGUUCAACUCAGCAGCAGGUCUAUCACUCACAACUUCAAGUUCAACCCCACUACCUCAGCAUUGACAACCCAUUCACUCACCCAUUUUUAUCGACCCAAAAUAAUGUUGUUAGUGGGGUACAACAACAACAUGAACCAUUGUUUGAAAUGUUGGAUUCACAAGGACUACAAGACCCAAUCAGUGGGAGCACUAGUUCUAUGUCUGGGCUGGCGUUUAAUAGUGAGGAUUAUCAUACUCAAAAUGACUACAACUUGGAUCUUGAUGCGGCCCAUGUAACAACAUACUCAGGUAGCACAAUAAUGUCUUGUACAAACAAUGGAAAUGCUACAAGUAAUGAAUUUGGAGUAACAAAUGCUACUUUCCAGCAACAUAUUGGUGAACCAAACAUGUCUGAUCCAAACAAUAUUAUUGCAGAAUCACAUGUGACUUAUACUAAAGGAAGUGAUUCAAAUGAGAAGGAAAAUUAUGAUUCAUAUUUCGAUUUCAAUAAUAUAGAUUGUUUCUUUCAGAAUCUCGGACCUUCAAGUACUAACCUACCUAAUGAACAUGGUAGUGAGUUUGACCACAUUUACUCUGAUGAUCAGGUUAGUGCUUCUAUCUAA